CACAACAACUCCUUUAACAUUUAUUCGAAGUCCUACGGAAGGAAAAACAGCAACUGUAGUCGGAUGGGUGCUUGGUUUUCCUGUCCAUUUGCUAAAUGUAGUGAUAUUGAAACUGGCUUAGAGGCAGUCAUUGUCAAAUCCAUUAAUUUUGGAGAUGAUGAGGAGAAAACACCUGUACGAUCUGUUAGUUUCAAGGGUCGAGAUUCAGAGCCCACCAUACUGAAAUUCUUAGGUUUGGGAAGGAUGAUAUUUGAAGGAUCUAUUAGCUUUAAAGGAAGGGAAUUGGAGAGGAUGCACUCAACAAAGUCUACUUCCUCAGAUAAAGAAAACAAUGUGCAAUUUGAGGCAGUUAGCCCAAAGUGCAUGGUAAUUGAUGCUCAAUCCCCAAAAUCAGAUGGUUCAGAAGGGUCUAUCCAACAAUUGCCAGUUUUGGAUCUAAGCAAUCCAAAACAUGAGGCAGCAAUAAAAUUGCAAAAAGUGUACAAGAGUUUUCGAACAAGGAGAAAGUUAGCAGAUUGUGCGGUUCUCAUUGAGCAGAGCUGGUGGAAGCUCUUGGAUUUUGCUGAACUCAAGCGAAGUUCUAUAUCAUUCUUUGACAUAGAGAAACAUGAAACUGCUAUUUCACGUUGGUCAAGAGCAAGAACCAGAGCUGCCGAGGUGGGAAAAGUGAUGAGUUGAAUUUAUAUAUAUAUUAAUGUUGAGUUUUUGCCUUGACAUUGUUAAUAUUUGGAAGAAUUUUAUGAGAUUUUACAUGAGUUUCAUUCUUUGUGCAGAAAAAGACUUGGAUGCAUAAUAAUAGGAGUUUUGGAAU